CAAUGGAACCGCGUCAUGACGCAGGAGGCGUGGUUAGUGAAGAGGCGUGCAUCGUGCUUUACGUUGAUAAGGAGUGACGGAAGAUCGUUCUGCUACGAGAGAUAUAUUACUGACUGCUGUUUUCUCAACUGUCGGUGGAGAGCGCAGUCUGACAUCGCUGGGAGGAAAAUGUCCUGUUGGUUGAGGGAACAGACUUUGUUGCUGGCAGAAGAUUACAUCAGUUUCUGCAGCGGGAUCCAACAGACGCCUCCCAGCGAGUCAGCAGAGGCCAUGAGAUACCUGGCCAAAGAGAUGGAACAACAGCACAGAACCAAAUUCCGAUCCCUCUCCCAGGAGUUCCUGGACACCUGCAGAUCAGAUCCCAGCAAGUGUCUGCAGAGCGUCAUGAGGGAACUGGUUGGAGAUGGAAAACUGAACUGGGGAAGGGUGGUCUCCAUCUUUACUUUCACUGGAGUGCUGACCAGUGAGCUACUGUCCAGAGAAGAGAACUCUGAGUGCCCCAAGAGACUGGCUGAGACCAUAGCUGACUACCUAGGAGGGGAAAAGCAAGACUGGCUGGUGGAAAAUGGAGGAUGGGAGGGAUUCUGCAGGUUUUUCCACAACGCAAAACAGCUGAACCAAGAGUCCUCGAUGAAGACGGCACUGUUUGCAGCAGCAGGAGUGGGUUUAGCUGGUCUAACCUUUCUCUUAGUACGCUGAUGAUUUUAGAUUCUCUCGCUCUUUUUCUCUUUCACACACAACACACCUGCUCUCUGUUUUCUGUCGUAUGGCUAAGUCAAAACCGUUCUUCAAGAGAAACUGGUCUUUGGGUUCUCAGCCGAAUGUUUUUGCACACUUUGUUCCAUGUCCUUGCCUGUAAUUACAGCAAACAGUCAUUCCUGUUGAUUGUACACUCUUCACAUGGCCUUCUGGA